AUGGAGUUGUGCCAGGUUGUCGCAGAAAGUUUCCCAUCGCUGUGUGCGUCUUGGACUGUCUUGCCUGGAGAUCGCGUGGCCUUGGCUGGGCCAGCAGGGUGCGGCAAGAGCCUGCAACUUGAUGUCAUCGCCAAGAAGGCCUUGAUCGCUUCUGGGCACAUCACCUUUGCACCGGCGGUCCGGCGCCUGGCUCUCUGCCGCAGAGACUUUCAACCUCAAGCAACUGCCGGAGAUUUGCGAACCGUCCGAGAGUGGCUCCUCGAGGAUUGCGAGCUCCCAGGGUGUUCUCUGGUUGAGGUCAGUGAGAGUCUGGACGAGCACCAAGAGCCAGAGAGAUGGCUCCAGCACCUGGGUAUCACCUGCUUGUCGGACACUGCUCUCAGCGACUUGUCCACAAUUGACGCGGUGAAAGUUGGAAUUGCGCGGCUGGCCAUGAGGCAUCCGAACGUUCUGUUGCUGGAUGAUGUAACUGAUGAUUUGGGCCUGGAAGCUUCCGAGUGCCUGGAGGCUUGCUUGACAGCAGAUCCACCCAUCUUCGAGACAAUCCUCAUUGCCUCCCGAGACCGUACCUUCAUGGACAAUGUGUGCAACAAAGUAAUUGCCAUUCAUGCAGGCGCUACGAGGGUUCUGAACGGCGUAUACACCAAAGCAUACUUAGCCGGCGGGGACUUCCUUCAUUUUCGCCGAUUUAGCUUGUGGCAGCCAAAGUCGUCAGGACUUCGCGCUACGCAGGCUGCUUGUGCUUUUGCAUCAUUGAUAAGCCGCUCUCUCUGCGGUGAACAUGCUUCUGACCUCACAGGACUGACGCUCGUUGAUGUGGGCACUGGCACAGGGGUUCUUGCAUUGAUCCUGGCUCAAGAAUGGGAAAAGGCGAGGGGCUCUUUGAAGCAGCUACAGAUCUAUGCACUGGACAUCGAUGAGACUGCGGUGCGCAUUGCUGCGGCCAAUUUCUCGAGUUCUCCAUGGGCAGCAAACAUGUGCCCACCAUUCCACAGCUCUCUGGAGCACUGGCAGAUUGACCAGAUUGCCACGCAAGAGCACCCGAUUGUCUUCGUUUGCAAUCCACCUUAUGACGACGAGAUCCUGAAUGCACGCACGGGAACUGACAACGAGAAGCUGUCUCGAAGACGGGCCCUGGAGCGCAGCUUUCUGCCACUGGAUGUGCUAUGCACUACUGCACUACGACUUGGCUGUCGGUCGCUUUGGAUUCUCUGGGGAAAUGCGGAAGAUGCACCCGUGCAGGAGGCUGCUGCACAUACCGGAUGGCGGGUCAUCCAGCAGGUGAGAUUCCAACGCAGUGUCCAAUCAAGCGGACCCUUUGCAACAGCGUGGCAACUGUGCUCUCACGCGGACUUCUGUGCCAAAGGAGCACCUACCUCGGACACGGUUUUCUGGUAUGACAUUAGUGGAGCUCCGUCUGAUGCAUGGUGGGAGCUGGUGGGUGCAUUGUACUAUUGGCGGCUGCGAAAAAUCAAGCGGGACACGCUCGUGGGAGCACUUACAGUCCACAACUGGGCGGAGAUGGCAGCGUUUGCCGAGCAGGUCCAAUGCACCGUGCUCCUGGAAGCCGCCCUGAUGAUGGGACUGCGGCAGCUCCUGCCGCAUUUGCUGGCCAGCCUCCUGGUCAACACAUGA